UCCCCACCAAAGAAUCUCAAGCCAGAUAAUUUCAUUCGACGUCAAGCAAUAUUCAAGAGGCCUUUUUAUGGUGAGUUUCUAAAGUUCUGCUUCGUGCACUUUGAAGUCGGUAUAUGGACCUCAAGAAACCAGAAAAAUACUGAGGUGAUUGAAUAUUUGAUGCCAAAUAUGAAGAACAAGUUGUUUUUUUGCUGGGAUGGUUCCUAUUGUACUACCACUCAUUUCAUGACCCUAGAAAAUGAAAAAAAGCCACUGGUUUUUAAGGAUUUGAGGAAAAUUUGGGAGCGUGGUGAUCCUAAUCUUCCAUGGGAGAAAGAAUACUACAAUGAAUCCAACACAUUACUGUUGGAUGAUUCUCCUUACAAAGCAUUACUUAAUCCUCCGCACAACUCGGUCUUUCCAUUUACAUUUGAUCCUCGCAAUAAAAAUGAUAAUUCACUAGCUAUUGGAGGUGAUCUGCGGGAAUAUCUAGAUGGAUUGUCAAAUGUUGAAAAUGUUCCUAAGUAUGUAGAGCAACAUCCAUUUGGGCAAAUACCUAUUAAUCAUACACAU